AUGGAGGGAGGAGUAACAGUACCUAUUGCCCACUGUAACAUUCCGUCGAGGGAAGAAAAACCGCCGUCGAACUGGUCCUCUUCAUUCAACAACGACGCCGAUGACUCAUCUGCUUCAGCCUUCCUCACAAGAUCCCCUUCCUCUUUUGCGGUUGACCAAAACAAACCUCCCGAAGCCGACUUAUUUACACGUUCAGCCGUCUCGAUUCCCAUUACCAUCGCCACCAUCAACACCAACAUUGCUAUAGUCCUUCCCAUCCUAACAAUAGUAGCACUAUGGACUACACACAGCAAGGCUGCAACGGUUUUGCAGUGCCGGACAGGUAGGUAUUGCUUAGACUUGGAGCCAGGUAUAAAUCCGAGAGAUCUGGGUCGGGCGCGAAUCUUCUAG